CUCAAGGGGAACAAGGGAGAUGGGGAUCCGCCGUUGGGGCCUAGAAUCAGAUCUUGCAUCUAGAUUCCCUUGACCUCACGUCCUGUGCUUUUCACUGUCUUUUUUCUUUUCAAAGAAAUUUCAAAGGGGCUUAUACACUCGCUCCUCAGUGUCUCUCACGAUUUAUACAAAGGACAUGCUCACUUGACAUCAUUUAUAUUUCUCAAAAACACAUUACAGUUUUGGGCAAAGAUAAUCCCCAAUAUCAACACCGACUGCAGGUCCAAAGCAGACCAUGACACUCUCCAUGCUUUGCCGGGCUGCGAGGCCUACGGUACUCAGUCAAACACCGGCAGCAGCAGCAGCAGUUAGUCUCUGCAUCAGGCAGGCUCAUUCUCUUUCAGCAAUACACGCGGGCAUCCGAAGAUCGAGCAAAAACGAAUCCAGCAUGACAUACGCCGAGAGGAAGGCAGCAAGAGAGGCACUACCCAAACCGACCUACAAGAUCCGGAAGGGCAAGAAGGACAUUACCGAAUACCCCGCCAAGGCCGAUCCCCAAACACGGCGGGCUCGUUUCUACGAUCCCGAAUCCAACUUUGGCAAGAAAAGCUUGGUGUACAGACUCAAGACCGGUCAGCUGGACGAGGACGUCAAGGAUGCGCUGGUGCGUGAAACCGGAAAGACUCCCUGGAAGGAGAAGGAGGCCAAGCCAGCUGGAAAGAAGUCGGCUUCAACCCCUGCAUCCAAAUUCAACAAGGACCUCUUGGACCCAGCAGACUUUCAUGCCGCCUUCACGGGAGCUUCAUCAUCGGAGCCCGCCCAGUCUGAUAGGCAUCAGAGGCGGAUAUCAGCACCAUCCAGGGACAUCCGCAGGGAACCCCGUCAGGGCUCCUUCAGGGAACCCCGCCGGGAUUCUUUCAGAGAGUCGCGAAAUGGACCUCGCAGAGAGGGCUUCAGCAGAGAACCCCGUGCAUUCCGUGAUGAUGAUAAUGGUUUCAGCAGGAAACCUCGGGAGGAGCGCACCGUGGAACUCAACGAGGAGCUCCGCGACGCUAUCGAUGAACCCUACCCAGAGCCCAUGGAACCUAGGAGGGACAGCUUCAGGGUCUCCCGCAGCGAACGUCGGGAACAAAGGCCUGAAAGGAGAGACUCAUUUAGGGACACUCGCAGCAGCACACGAGAACGGAGAGAGACCGACAGAACCCCUCGCAGGGAACUGCACAGGGAUCUCGACACGGAAACACCAAAAUCCCUAUCCAUUCCCUACACCACCGCGGCCUCCCAGUUCUUGUACGGCACUUCAGUGGUAGAGGCAGCUCUUCAGUCGGCAAGACGCAAGCUGUACAAGCUGUACAUCUAUGCCGGAGCCAACCGUGAGAAGCUGGCCAAGGACGCCGCCAUCCAAAAGCUCGCUCAGCGGAACAAGGUUGAGACUGUGUUUGUCAACGAAGAAGGCCUCAAGAUGAUGGACAAGAUGAGCGGAUCCCGCCCACACAACGGUUACAUUCUGGAGGCGUCCCCGCUUCCACAACCACCCGUCAUCUCCCUGGGAGAGGUAGUCGAUGCCGAGAGCGGCCAGGGAACAACCGGAUACAAGGUUGUUCUGGGCCACCAGUCGCACGAGGAGGCCUUGAUCAACGGCAAAUCCGAUUUCGUCGCUGCGUCCAGCGCCACUCACAAGCCACUGGUUGUGGUGGUGGAUCAAAUCUUGGAUCCCGGCAACCUUGGUGCCAUUCUCCGCAGCGUCAGCUUCCUGGGCGCAACCGCCGUUGCCAUUACCAAGAGGGACUCGGCAUCUCUGACCCCGGUCGCGCUCAAGGCUUCUGCGGGCGCAUCCGAGUCGCUCACCCUCUUCUCAAUUGAUCACCUCCCCAAGUUCCUUCAGGACUCGAGGGAGAAUGGCUGGCUGGUCUAUGCGGCCGUCCCGCGCACCAGCGGCUCUGGUAACCUGCAGAAGCACCUGGAUCUCCAUGAGAUCGAGGAGAUUGAUCCUUUGGGCAAGAACCCCUGCAUUCUCCUCCUCGGUAGCGAGGGUGAGGGUCUCCCGGGACAGAUCAAGAGCAAAGCGGACUAUGAGGUCAAUAUUCCCAACAUGUCGGGCGGUACGGUGAUCGAUAGCUUGAACGUUAGCGUUGCGGCGGGCUUGCUCACAUCAGCCUUCAUGAAGGGGCAAGUGAAGUCGGAGUUUGAGCAGUUCAAGGUUCAGGAGGAGAAGUCACAUCUUUGGUGAAGAUAGAGAGACACAGGAACUUUGAGGUGACCGAGGUCUAUGUUGAUGACUUCCGCGACCCUUGCCCUGUUGAUGUACGAUAAAGCCGUGUACGAAUGUCGCAUUCACGAGCACAGCAGGUAUAGAUUUUGAUGAUACAAGACAAUUUAGAAUAGAUACCCACCAUUGAAAGAGAUGUACGUAUGCA